ACUAUAUAAACCUAACCCAAUCUCUAAACUUCUGUAUACACGCGCUAUUGCAUGAGCUCCUAUAUCAAUAUUUUAUUUCUCUGACAAAUAAUUAAAUAAAUAAUUGGAUAUUUCACACAACAAAAAACUAAUUAUUGUAGAAAAAAUGAAACUUCUCACACAUAAUAUGUUAACGUCCAAGGCUAUAAAAGGCGUGGCAGUUGGUUAUCCUCUGAGAAUAAUCGCCAAAGACAUUAGAGUAUCUGAAGUAGAUUUUAGUCCAGAAUAUAUCGCUAGAAUAAUUCCAAAAGUGGAUUGGACCGUGCUGUGGAAAGCUGCAGAUAGUAUAGGGCAUGUUGGUGAAUUACCUCAGGUUUUAAUAGAAGACUUUGAGACGAAUGAAGAUUUUCUGAAGAAAGCUCACCAUGUUCUGUUGGAGGUUGAAGUUAUAAAUGGGCAUUUAUUAUGUCCAGAAUCCGGUAGGAAAUUCCCCAUUAAUGAUGGUAUUCCAAAUAUGCUUCUAAACGAAGAUGAAGUUUAAAUAACAGAACCAAAUAAUUCCUCAGAGAGAGAAUACUAUUUGUUACUUUCUUUAAUUAUAAUUAUUAAAUAAUUAUAUCUAAAUACAUUAUGUAUACUUCUACCCUAGUAUAAGUUUUUAUUUAUGUUAAUACAAACUCAGUAAUAGUUGAUACAAAUUAGAUUUUCUUUUGUAUGUGUGCAUAUGUAAAAUAAAUAUAUUAAAUUUA